UGUGGCUCGAUGGGAACGUUCACGAGCUUCCGCAAAGCCUAUGGAGCGCUCAAAGAUUCAACCACCGUCGGUCUCGCUAAGGUCAACAGCGAAUUCAAGGAUUUAGAUAUUGCGAUCGUUAAAGCGACGAAUCAUGUUGAGUCUCCUCCUAAAGAACGUCACGUUCGUAAAAUAUUCUCGGCGACAUCUGUAAUACAACCAAGAGCAGAUGUAGCUUACUGCAUUCAUGCAUUAUCAAAGAGAUUAUCCAAAACUCGAAACUGGGUUGUAGCAAUGAAGGUGUUAAUAGUAAUUCACAGAACAUUAAGAGAAGGUGAUCCAACAUUUAGAGAAGAGCUUCUAAAUUACUCACACAGAAGACAUAUACUCAGAAUUUCCAACUUCAAAGACGAUACAAGUCCUCUUGCUUGGGAUUGCUCUGCUUGGGUUAGAACAUACGCACUUUUUCUAGAAGAGAGGCUCGAAUGCUAUCGCGUGUUAAAGUAUGACAUCGAAGCAGAGCGUUUGCCUAAAGCUUCAGGUGCAGCUUCCAAGACGCAUAGAACAAGGAUGUUGUCUGGUGAAGAUCUGUUAGAACAGUUACCUGCGUUGCAACAGCUGCUUUACAGGCUUAUAGGAUGUCAGUUCUUUGAGAUGACAAGACAUGAUGCGGUUAAAGCUCUAAACAUAUACAAACGAGCUGGUCAACAGGCUGAAAAUCUGGCUGAGUUUUAUGAUUACUGCAAAGGGCUAGAGCUUGCAAGGAACUUUCAGUUCCCAACCCUAAGACAGCCUCCACCAUCGUUUCUUGCAACAAUGGAAGAGUACAUUAAAGAAGCUCCUCAGAGUGGUUCUGUACAGAAAAAACUGGAGUAUUCGGAAAAGGAGGAGGAAGAAGAACCACAGGAAGAAGAACAGACUGAAGAACCUGCAGAAGAAGAAAACCAAAAUGAAAACACCGAAAGUGAUCAGCCGAUUAUCGAAGAUGAGGAAGAAGAGCCUGUAGAGGAGAAAGAAGAGGAAGAAGCUGAACCUUCACCAUUGAUAGACACUGAUGACUUACUGGGUCUGAAUGAAAUCAACCCAAAAGCCGCAGAGAUAGAGCAAGCCAACGCAUUUGCACUUGCGAUAUAUCCACCAGGACAAGAAACUUCAGGCCCAUCUAAUAGUCUAAGCUUAAUAGAAGCUGGAGGAAGUGGUUGGGAGCUUGCACUAGUCACACCACAGAACAACAACAAUAACAACAAUCAUCGUCCCGUUAUAGCAACAAAACUCGGCGGAGGAUUUGACAACCUUUUGCUAGACAGUCUCUACGAAGACGAUACAGCAAGAAGACAGAUCCAGUUAACCAAUGCCGGUUACGGAUUCGGAGCCACGGCUACAGGCGGAGAACCAGGCUCAUCGAACCCGAACCCGAACCCGAACCCGUUCGGUAUGCAACAGCAAGAUCCUUUCGCAAUGUCUAAUAACUUGGCUCCACCAACCAAUGUUCAAAUGGCAAUGCAACAGCAACAGAUGAUGAUGAUGAAUACUCAAAAUCCAUAUAACAACAACAACAACUAUUCACCUUACCAUCAUCAACAUCACUUCUCAUCAAAUCCUUCAUCUUCUUCUCCUAAUCCUUUUGGUGACUUCCUCGCUCUCCCAGCUCCUCCUUCAUCUUCUACUCAUCAGCAACACAACAAUCAUAUGCUCCUUUAG